GUCUCAGUACAGACUUUAACAGUAAUCUUAUUUAAAUCACAGUUGCUAUUAACCUGUAAAUAACGUUAUUGAUCUUCAAAUGAUCAGCGAAUAAAUAAACAAACUAGCUAACGUUAUGCUACAUGUGUACCUUGUUUCGGGUAGGCCCUUCAAUGUUUGAAAGGAAGUGGAUGUGACGCCGUUCACCAACAAACUCUGCGAAAUGUUGUUUUCCACAAUAAUAGCUAUUUUCUUGGAAAAAUGAAUUAUUUCACUCAUAUUGAAUACAUAUGCUCGAGUAUAAUCGUGUGAGCAUUUUUUUCGCUUUUGUUUUCCUUCAAUGAAACAGGAAAAAUGUAUCUAAUAACUGCUGUAAGAAACUAAACUCCGCGUUGCUUUUGGUCGACCAUCUGAGGAUCUGUUGCUUUCACAUGGCUAACUGCAUGUCCCACCUCCCUUCCAGUGACAGCGCAUUGACCGCCUGAACAUGAAGGUAAAUAAAUUGGCUCCAGAAAAGGGGGCUAGGGCUUCCUCCCUGAAGUGGAGGAACACCAAGGCCCAACGCUGCACAACUCGCGUAAACUUAUCUGAACUCCCAUCGACCCCUGUUAUGGUCAAAAUGAUCAAGGAACACCAAGCAGCAGUAAAGAAGAAACCCCAAGUGAAAAGGCUGGAAAGGAAAGCCAUGACCGUUUCUGGAUCAAAAGAAAAGAAACACACUUCCUUUGAGUCUGAGAAGACGCAUCCAAAUACUAACGGGAAAUCGGAAGUUACAAUGAACAUUGAUGCUGAUGACUGGCAAGAAUGGAGUACCAAUGGCAAGAGCUCACUUGGGAAUGGUGAGACGUCUGCAGAUGGCGUAGAGACUGUGAGCUCCGGGCGCUUGGAGGGAGAAUCUUUUCAUUGCUGCGCAGAGAGAGAUGAAGACCGGAAUCAUGCAGUGCUUGUCAUGCAAAAGUCUCAGACGCUGUGUUUCCGAGGAAAGUGCCUUCUGACCUGCCUUUACGGGCGAGUUGAGGUGAUGGGGUUCACCAUCGAAGAAGGCCAGCAGCCGUAUCCCCUCUUCUCUCCGGCCUCUCACUGCCCGCUGACGGUAACCGCGCUGGGAAGCACUGAUGAUGCCCGAGACGAGGGCAUGGAAGCCACGGCGAUCCUCCGCAAGUAUCUCACGCCCGCAUCACAGAUAAGGCUUUUGAGAAGAAUCAACCUAAACUCAUCUGUGAUCCUUCUGGAGCCCAUGGAGACCUCUCUGACCCGCUUCCUUUGUAGCUUCCCAGAUCUCAGUGAACUGUUCAGUCCCCCUGUGAGUGAGCUCAUGUCGGCGGUGCUGGACACGCCCCUCAACGGGCUGGGUAUGAUCCCCCUGGUCAGUGACGUGGAAGGCCUGAGAAUGUCCAAGAGCUACAGAGAGGCCCUCAACACGGUGGUUAGCGCUUGCAGAGACGACGGGGAUGGUUGCGUGGUGGUCCUUGUAUGUGGAACUAAGAACGUAGGGAAGUCCACCUUUAUCCGAGUCCUCCUCAAUACUUUGCUCAAUCACACUACGGGUAUAGACUACUUGGAGGGCGACCUGGGACAGACUGAGUUCACCCCGUCAGGCUGCCUUUCCCUGUCCACCGUGACAGAGCCUCUCUUGGGUCCUCCCUUCACACACCAGCGCACGCCAGAACACAUGAUCUACUAUGGCCAGACGUCCUGUGACUCGGACCUGGACCGCUACCUCGAGUCCAUGAAGUCCCUUUGGAGCAGGCGUCCCCAGAGCCGGGACACUCCCGUGGUCAUCAACACCAUGGGCUGGGUCAAAGGCUUCGGGUUCCAGAUGCUGGUGGACGUGCUCCGCCUGCUGCCCGUGACCCACGUGGUCCAGCUGGGCCACGGCGAGUCCAUGCACUGUGCCACGCUCACGCCGGACCUGCUGCAGACGGCGCAGGGCUACCUCACCAAGCCCCCGGCGCACACGGCCAUGGACGAGUUCACGGAGGGCCACAGCCCCGCCCGCACCUACGCCCACCUGGCCGUGCAGUCCGCCUUCCAGGGCGUAGGGCGCCAGGGAGCAUCGAAACACCAGCGUAGCAAUGAACUCCGAGAGCUGUCUCUGCUAGCUUACCUGAGUCAACUCCAAGAAGCUCACCAAGGGCCCGUCAGGCAGCUGAACUGCCUCACCCCCUACCAGGUCCCUCACACAGCUGUGGCUAUCGGUGUGACCCACUGCGAGGUGGCCCCCAGCCACGUGCUGUAUGCCGCCAACGCCAGCCUGGUGGGGCUGUGCUGCCUGCCGGAGAAGGUGACGAGCCGGGGAGGCCCGGUGGUCCUCUCCCAUGCGCCCCUCUGCCCCUGUGUGGGCUUCGGUGUGCUCCGGGGAAUCGACAUGGCGCGAGGCCUGUACUUCCUACUCACCCCUGUGGACCCCUCCAUCCUCCGCAACGUCAACUGUCUCCUCCUGGGGGCCAUCACCCUGCCCUCCUGCAUCCUCACAACACAGUCUGGCUGCGAGGAAGAGAAGCCAUAUGUCACCACGGACUACAGUUUUGAUCUGACCGGAGCAGGGAAGAUGCGCGUGUUCAAAGGCAUUGUACGGCCCGGUCAAGUGGGGAAGUAGCGACUGCAGAGACACAUCAGUUUGUUGAUUCUCUAUCCUUGUUUAAAGACUUGUUGCAGCAAGCUUCCACUUGACAGAGCUGAGAUUCUGCUGAACUGAGGGAGGGGAUACUGUGAAAGAAGGUCCGUCAUUGGUGGAGCGUGGAUUGCUCCUUCCUAUUAAUGGAUGUCCCGACAAGUACUGUGGAGAGAAGAGAUAGUGAAAUGAAUGACACUGGGUUCCCCUUCUCCCUUUCAAGACAAAACCUAAGCAAGCAUUUACAGUUGAAGCUCUCAUUUCAUGUCAUCGUUCAAUGGCAUUCCAAGCAGAUACUUAAUAUUUGUUACAACAUUAAAAGUGAAAUUCCUUGUUUUUCAAACUUCUGUGAUUUUAUUGUCAGUGUGAAAGCAGUGAGCAGUCCGGACAGGGAAGUGUUAAGUGCUUGGUGACUCAAAGCAUACAAUUAAACCUUGGUUCUAAAAUAGAUGUUAAGUGGAACUCAAAUUAAAAACCAAAAUAACGACCACAUAAUAUUACAGUAGUGAAUAUGGAGUAUGGGUCUUGAAAUGUAAAAGCCUCUUUCUCUGUGCUUGCACAGUACAGAGAUUAUGCAGGCUCAAUUUAGCACCUCAUUACUGAAUGCUCUUGAGCAUGAAAUUAAUUGUGUUUGCACCAAUGUCAAUUUGACCUUAUAGCUUUGGGCAUUUGCAUUUCAUUAAUGGGGGUAGAGGCGUAGAAAACACAGAUUGUUUUGCUCAUGCAUUUACAAAUGAACAGUUUAUUUUCUAUUGUAGGAGUAUGCUGUAAAAUAAAGUCCCAUCGUAUUCGUGGGCAUGAUUUCACUUCAUUUACCUAUUGAGCCAUUUCUCACUACAUUAGAGUGUCAGUAAUAAGAUGUCAUUCGGCUCCUCCUGCCUCUGCUUAGGAUCCGAUCCGAACAACUUGGACCCUAUAGUUACUACCAGCCAAUGUUUAUAAAGGGUAAACAAUGUUAUUUGCCUAUAAUGGAGACAAGGCAGUAGGUGGAAGCACCAAGAACUCCAGUCGUAAACAUCCAUUCAUGCUGAGUAGAAUUUGUCAUUUGUUAAGUGAGCUAUUUAAACAUGCCCUGUAUGUCCCUUGUC